AUGAGGGGAAAUCAGAGCAUGGUGAAUAACUUCCUGCUACUGGGAUUCUCUGAUCUACCAGGUCUAAAGGGCUUGUUCUUCUCUGUUUUUCUAAUCAUCUAUCUAUUGACCCUGAUGGGAAACAUCUUCAUAAUUGUUGUCACACUGGCUAACCAGGCACUAGACAACCCCAUGUAUUUUUUCCUCAGGAACCUAUCCUUCCUGGAGAUCUGUUACACUUCAGUCACUGUCCCUAAGAUGCUUGAUACCCUCCUGUCAGAUGAUAAAACCAUCUCAUUCAUUGGUUGUGCCUUUCAAAUGAGUGUUUUCCUCAUCACAGGAGCAGCAGAGUGCUUCCUCCUGGCUGCCAUGGCAUAUGACCGCUAUGUCGCCGUUUGCCAGCCUCUGCAUUACACACUCAUUAUGAGCAACAGAGUGUGCUUUGGACUGGUCACAGCCUCGUGGCUGGCUGGGAUUCCAGUGCAACUGGGCCAGACCUUUCUGGUGUUCACCUCCUAUUUCUGUGACUCUCGUGAAAUCAACCACUUCUUCUGUGACAUUCCUGCUCUACUCAGUCUGGUCUGUGGAGACACCUCUCUAAAUGAGCAGGUUGCUCGGGUGGAGGUUGCAUUACUUGCACUGAUCCCCUUUUCUUUGAUCCUCAUGUCAUACAUAUGCAUCGCCAGCACCAUUCUGAAGAUGUCCUCUGUGGAAGGAAGGCGCAAGGCCUUCUCAACAUGCUCCUCACAUCUCAUGAUGGUGGUGGUGUUCUAUGGCUCUGGGAUGACUGUGUAUUUGAAGCCAAAAUCAAGCCACUUCCAGGAUACAGAUAAACUCCUCUCACUUUUCUACACUGUCCUGCCACCAUUUUUAAACCCACUUAUUUACAGUCUGAGGAACAAAGAAGUCCGUGUUGCUCUAAGGAAAAUAUUUCUCCUAAAUCCUCCCUCACAUGGAACAACUACAUCAAGAAAAUAA